AUGGGACUUCCUUGCGCUCAUGUUUUGAAGGAUUUGACGGACGCAAACCUUGUUCUUCGACUAGAACAUUUUCACUCACAGUGGCAUUUAAAACGCAGUGGUUCCCCACCAUUUCUGCUCGAGCCUCGUCAGCGUAUUACUGCUAUUUCUGCCAAAUCUACUGCACCGCAGUCAAGCACAAGGCGAGAGCCGAGUGGGUUUGACCAGAAUCUUCACAACCAGAAUCUUCACAACCAGAAUCUUCACAACCAGAAUCUUCACAACCAGAAUCUUCACAACCAGAAUCUGCGCAACCAGAAUCUGCGCAACCAGCAAUUUCCGAUUCAGCUCCAGGCUCACCAUUGCGACACAGCGACCCACGAGCUAUUUACGACAGAUACGUUGCAGCAAGAGACGCUUGUUAUAAAGAUCAGCCCCGGGGAAGUAUUAAAACUAAUCAACAAUACCCAAAUGGGAAAUUGUUGUACCACACCAAUAGGAUCCCGAGACUGGACAAAGGAGGAAAUGACGGCUUAUUUGGACUGGAACAGUUCGGAAAACGAUCGUGUUGAUGAUGUGGUCGCCCAAGACAUAGGAAGCAACCCCGUGGAGAUAGGACGAAGAGGUGUGGCUCACAUUUGGAAAAGGAUAGAAAAGGAUAUCCAGGAGCAACAGAGAUUAAUUUCUAAUCGAUAG